GAGGGCGGGCACCGGGGGAGUGGGGAGCGCGCCUGCCAGGCUCAGACUCACACGCACGCCGCCUCUGUUUGUACACAGUGCGCUCCCGGCGGCCCGCUCGCUCCCCUCCAGCUCACGCUUCAUUGUUCUCCAAGUCAGAAGACCCGCAGCCGCGGCGCGGAGAACAGCGAGAGCCGACCGCCCGGUCCGUCCGUCUGCCGGUGGGUCUGCCUACCCGCGAAGGAGACCCGGGUCGGCCGCGGGAGCCCGCGCCCCGCCCGCCGCGCCUCUGCCGGGACCCACCCGCAGCGGAGAGCUCAGCCCGCCGGCGGCUCCCCCGAGCUCACCCACCUCCGCGCGCCGGAGCGCAGGCAAAAGGGGAGGAAAGGUUCCUCUCUUUAGUCACCACUCUCGCCCUCUCCCAGAAUUUGUUUAAGAAAGCGCUGCGGAAAGAGAACGUCUUCUUGAAUUCUUUAGUAGGGGCGGAGUCUGCUGCUGCCCUGCGGUGCUACCUCGGCUACCCUGCCCUCCGCGACGACCCCUGACCAGCCGGGGUCACGUCCGGCAGACGGGAUCAUGAAGCGCUCGGUAGCCGUCUGGCUCUUGGUCGGGCUCAGCCUCGGUGUCCCCCAGUUCGGCAAAGGUGAUAUUUGUGAUCCCAAUCCAUGUGAAAAUGGAGGUAUCUGUUUGCCAGGAUUGGCUGAUGGUUCCUUUUCCUGUGAGUGUCCAGAUGGCUUCACAGACCCCAACUGUUCUAGUGUUUUGGAGGUUGCAUCAGAUGAAGAAGAACCAACUUCAGCAGGUCCCUGCAUUCCUAAUCCAUGCCAUAAUGGAGGAACCUGUGAAAUAAGUGAAGCAUACCGAGGGGACACAUUCAUAGGCUAUGUUUGUAAAUGUCCCCGAGGAUUUAAUGGGAUUCACUGUCAGCACAACAUAAAUGAAUGCGAAGUUGAGCCUUGCAAAAAUGGUGGAAUAUGUACAGAUCUUGUUGCUAACUAUUCCUGUGAGUGCCCAGGCGAAUUUAUGGGAAGAAAUUGUCAAUACAAAUGCUCAGGCCCAUUGGGAAUUGAAGGUGGAAUUAUAUCAAACCAGCAAAUCACGGCUUCCUCUACUCACCGAGCUCUUUUUGGACUCCAAAAAUGGUAUCCCUACUAUGCACGUCUUAAUAAGAAGGGGCUUAUAAAUGCGUGGACAGCUGCAGAAAAUGACAGAUGGCCGUGGAUUCAGAUAAAUUUGCAAAGGAAAAUGAGAGUUACUGGUGUGAUUACCCAAGGAGCCAAGAGGAUUGGAAGCCCAGAGUAUACAAAAUCCUACAAAAUUGCCUACAGUAAUGAUGGAAAGACUUGGGCAAUGUACAAAGUGAAAGGCACCAAUGAAGACAUGGUGUUUCGUGGAAACAUUGAUAACAACACUCCAUAUGCUAACUCUUUCACACCCCCCAUAAAAGCUCAGUAUGUAAGACUCUAUCCCCAAGUUUGUCGAAGACAUUGCACUUUGCGAAUGGAACUUCUUGGCUGUGAACUGUCGGGUUGUUCUGAGCCUCUGGGUAUGAAAUCAGGACAUAUACAAGACUAUCAGAUCACUGCCUCCAGCAUCUUCAGAACGCUCAACAUGGACAUGUUCACUUGGGAACCAAGGAAAGCUCGGCUGGACAAGCAAGGCAAAGUGAAUGCCUGGACCUCUGGCCACAAUGACCAGUCACAAUGGUUACAGAUAUUCUUAACAAUGACCAUGAGGUAUUACCAAUUUCUGAAGUACCAUUUGAAGAGAGAAGAUAUGAUCAGUGAAGAUGGAAUAUUAAGUUUACUGUUGCUGUCUGUUAAAGAGGCCUUGAGUAAAGUGGAUCUUCUUGUUCCAACCAAAGUGACUGGCAUCAUUACACAAGGAGCUAAAGAUUUUGGUCAUGUACAGUUUGUUGGCUCCUACAAACUGGCUUACAGCAAUGAUGGAGAACACUGGACUGUAUACCAGGAUGAAAAGCAAAGAAAAGAUAAGGUUUUCCAGGGCAAUUUUGACAAUGACACUCACAGAAAAAACGUCAUCGACCCUCCCAUCUAUGCACGACACAUAAGAAUCCUUCCUUGGUCCUGGUACGGGAGGAUCACAUUGCGGUCAGAGCUGCUGGGCUGCACAGAGGAGGAAUGAGGAGAGGCUACGUUUCACAACCCUCUUCCCUAUUUCCUUAAAAGUAUCUCCAUGGAAUGAACUGUGCAAAAUCUGUAGGAAACUGAAUGGUUUUUUUUUUCAUGAAAAAGUGCUCAAAUUAUGGUAGGCAACUAACGAUGUUUUUAAGGGGGUCUAAGCCUGCCUUUUCAAUGAUUUAAUUUGAUUUUUAUUGGUCAAAUCUCUUAAGUAACAACACAUUAAGUGUGAAUUACUUUUCUCUCAUUGUUUCCUGAAUUAUUCACAUUGGUAGAAAUAUAUUAGGGAAAGAAAGUAGCCUUCUUUUUAUAGCAAGAGUAAAAAAGUCUCAAAGUCAUCAAAUAAGAGAAAGAGUUGAUAGAGCUUUUACAAUCAAUACUCACCUAAUUCUGAUAAAAGGAAUACUGAAAUGUUAGCAAUAAGUUUUUUUCUUCUGUAAUGACUCUACAUUAUCCUGUUUCCCUGUUCCUACCAAACACUGUCAAUGUUUAUUACAAAAUUUUAAAGAAGAAUAUGUGACAUGCAGUACUGAUAUUAUCAUUCUCAUUUUACUUUCAUUAUUUCUAAUAAGAGAUUAUGUGACUUCUUUUUCUUUUGGUUCUAUUCUGUAUUCUUAAUAUUGUAUAUUACCUGAAUAAUUCAAUUUUUUUCUAAUUGAAUUUCCUAUUAGUUCACUAAAAGAAAUGUCAUGUUUACUCAUAUAUGUAGAGCAUGACUGCAUAUCAGUAGAUUGAUCUGUAUUUAAUAUUCGUUAAUUAAAUUUGCAGUUUUAUUUUUGAAGGAAGCCAUAACUAUUUAAUUUCCAAAUAAUUGCUUCAUAAAGAAUCCCAUACUUUCAGUUUGCACAAAAGAACAAAAAAUAUAUAUGUCUCUUUAAAUUUAAAUCUUCAUUUAGAUGGUAAUUACAUAUCCUUAUAUUUACUUUAAAAAAUAGGCUUGUUAUUUGUUUAUUUUAUAAAAAGUUAAGCAAAGAAAUAUUAAUAUAGUGCUGCAUAGUUUGGCCAAGCAUACUCAUCAUUUCUUUGUUCAGCUCCACAUUUCCUGUGAAACUAACAUCUUAUUGAGAUUUGAAACUGGUGGUAGUUUCCCAGGAAGGCACAGGUGGAGUUAUUUGUGAGAAGCAAAGUGUUUACUAAUGACAAAGUAGUAAACCAUUUUCAAGAUGAAAAUUGAUUUCUAUUUAUUUUGCUUCAAAGGUCCUGAAAAAAUAAGCAAUUAUCGUAACAAUUCGUUAUUGAUACUGGAGGUUUCAUAGACAUGUCUCUCAAAUUAAAGCUCACACUGCCUCCAUAAAAGUCUUCAACAUCUAAUUUAUAAGCUUUACAAGUAUUUAUUUUAUAAGGCUUAGACAGAAUUAUUGGAGUUUUAAAUUAAGUGUAUUGGAAAAGAAAGGAUGGUGUGUGUACGAAAUGUUAAGAUCCUACGCAACACUGCUAUUUUUUUCCUUUAAUAUUUGUGCUGCAUAACAAAAGCCACUAGACUGUUACUGUCUUGUCUGUCCAUGUGUUAACAGCAUUUCUUAAUGAUGUAUAUAUGGAGUGGUCUUCGAUCAUAGUGAAGAAUUUAAAGAGAAAGUCAAUCAUAUUGGCAUUUUUAAUAAGAGGAAAAUUAGUUGGUCUAAGGGGACUGGCUGGCCACAUAUUUGUUCCUUGCCCAUAUGCUUUCUACUUCUUGUUCUUAUCAUGAAAUUAUGAAUUUGAAGCCUCUGAAAUGGUGAUCAGUUUUCAACAUCUUUCAAAAACAAAAUUACUAUUUCCUCCAUAUUGCCUUUUUUACAUAACUUUAAAGUUAGGAUUUUAAAAUAUUUGUAACUGGCUAAAUUUUAAAGUCAUGUGACAAAUAAUUACUUAGGUUUAGAAAUAUACACACACUUACUCUUUAGCCAGUUUCUCUCAAGGUUUACUGUCCCAUCAAAUAUCUAGCCAUUUUCCUUUGCAAAUUACAUACAUUCUUAAGAGUAUAUUUUCAAGAUUAUUACUUAUGCUUUAUGAUGAUUUACUUUUUCAAAAUUAUUUAUAGCUUCAUAUGAUGUUUUGUAAUUUUUUCUAUUGAUACCUGUUUUAAAAAUAUUUUCCAAGGAAGUUGAUUAAAAUUAUAUUUGUUACCUUUUAGAAAAAUCAUUGAAAUGAGUUUCUCUUGCUUUUUCAUUUUCUCUCUGCUUUAUAUGCUCUUCGCAAUACAUCACGUCCAACGGGUUACCUUUUGUUCCAUGACACCCAAAAUUGAUGAGAGCAAAGGGGUUCCAACAUACGGAAAUGUUGAAAACUAUUGUAAAGUAGUAUUAUGAAAUAGCUUUUGUGUCAUUCAUGUCAAUGACAUCAAAGUGAAGUAAAUUUAUUCUAUUUAAAUUCACACUAAAACCAAUACAGUACCAUAAGUAGAAUACAUGUAAGAAUCACCUAGUCUUCACUAUAUUGAGUAACUAUAACAUGCUAAUUUUACAAUUAAUGAAACUAAACUUUUAAACAUCUCCAUUAUAUCUACAUCCUUUUGAAAGUAUUUAUCAUAGUUGCCAAUUUUAAUUUUAGGAUUGACUUUCUUUCUGAAUGACUUCAUAAAGUUUGGUGUGAAUUUUGAAGACUUGGGUUACUAAUGAUUGUAUCUUUGCUAGUCAACAAAUUAUGAAAUAUAAUACUCAAUGCGUCUGAUGUGUCAUUAAGUACAGAAAUAACUAAGACACAAAUAACCUUUGCAAACCUUCAAGCUGUGUAAUAUUCCAAUGUUGUUUUUUUUCUUUGUAUAUAUACUUAUAUCACGUAGGAUGUAAAACCAGUAUGACCUUGUCUAGUCUCGAAACUUAAAAUAAACUUUUGAAAAUCUGGGA